CGGGAGUACACAUUUUCUGAAUCUUACAGGACCUGCCUGACAUGCAAGAGCUCAUCACUCAAGUGUGGUCAGAGAAGUGCUCCCUGCAGGCCGCAGCCAUCCUCGAUGCAAAUGAUGCUCACCAAACAGAGACCUCCUCCUCCCAAGUCAAGGACAAUAAGCCUCUGGUUGAACGGUUUGAGACAUUCUGCCUGGACCCUUCCCUUGUCACCAAGCAAGCCAACCUUGUGCACUUCCCACCAGGCUUCCAGCCCAUCCCCUGCAAGCCUUUGUUCUUUGACCUGGCCCUCAACCAUGUGGCUUUCCCACCCCUUGAGGACAAGUUGGAACAGAAGACCAAGAGUGGCCUCACUGGAUACAUCAAGGGCAUCUUUGGAUUCAGGAGCUAACCAGGCUCUUCCUCGGGGGCAGGGGAGAUUCUGACUGUUAAUCUGUAUUGUGAGAAAAUCCCAGCAAGUUCCAUGAUAUUAAAUCCAGGUCUGCAUUGGCCUGGGGCAAGAGUUUAACAUCUUCAGCCCUGCAUUCCUACAGCCUGUGUCUGUACACAUUCUUAAGCAGUGAGUUAGGAGAGCA